AUGUCGAGUAAAGAUCCUCCUCCCGUGAAGAAUCCAAUCGAAAAACAUAAGGGCCCUCUGAUACCAGAGUCAAUUGUCGACGCGCCAGCUCAACGGCUCUACAUUGUUAGCCUUGGACUCCUUUGCCAGGCAAUAAAAAUAUUCGACUGGCUCUACAGCCUUGUUGUAGAACCCUCUGUCAAUCUUACGCUCAAGUGGAUUCUUGUCGACAUUUCCUACUGCCUGAUCCUCAAGCGCCUACGAAUCCCCAAGCUCAACUAUGCAGUAACAGCAGUGCUAUUGCAAAUACUCAUCCUUUCGCUUGUGAAUGGAAUCUUGUUUGGGACUAUCCAUGUCGGCGUAUCUUCAUAUUCUCUGUCCUCGUCUGCGAGGGACUACUAUCGAAGAGAGCUGUCUACAAGCGGUCGUUUGGUUAGCUUACGAGACUUAUUGUCCAGCGAUGACCAUUUGAAGGGAGAGCACACCGUCAGAAUGUCGCCUACCGGCACUGCCAAGUUAAAUCCGGACGGGCAAUCAUACUGUCUCAGUUCUUCGUCAAACGCAGUCCUCAUUCCUGUUCUCCUCAACAACACGAAGCCCUCUCAUAUACGCUAUAGCAUCACUCGUCCAGGGAACGGGAAAGUGGAUUAUGUGGACUUAAGUUCAAAAGAAUUGCGAUCUAUUGAGCAACAGCGUUUAGAUACUCUUCGGUCAACGAAGGCUUCUGCAUCCACAGAAGAUGAGGAAAGCGAUGUGGAUUGGGACGAGGAGGACGAAGAGAUUCUGAAGAUACAGGAUCACCCGAAGGGUUCCCAGAAGGAGCUUGAAGAAACCCAAUCACUUACGUACCUAAGAGUGAAUAAACUGGGCACCGUACAACUCGAGCGUGUGCUAGAAAUGAGUACAUCGAAUAUGGCUCGCAUCUUCCGCAGCGAAGUCCAGGUCGUUCCUUGCCCUCGAGCAGCAUUUGUUCCCGAUGGUCUUGUGAAGGGGAAUGCCAUUCGUUGUGUUGGCUCUAAGGAAGAGCUAUCUGUUCAAGUAUCUGGUGUACCGCCGCUGAACUUGAGAUGGCAUAGAUACAUAAACGGCAGAAGAGAAGUAUUUUCUGUAGAUAGGAUGGAAGGCGAACCUGAUAAGCAGGGUCAAAUUCAUGAUCUCAGAUUACCUCUCGACAUGCAACUGGAUGUCCCAGGAUCUCAUGAAUAUGUGCUAGACUCUCUUUCUGAUGGACUCGGUAACGUACAAUCCUUAAUGCCAGCAAUCACUCGCAGAGGAGAAACUCCGGACGUCAGUGCCUCCCAGUUGAAGGAGACGACUCGGUCCGUUUCUGUCUUGAAGCGUGCCGCAAUGUCCUUCAGAGACUGUGCACCUGGAAACCCUGCAGAUCUUCUCAUCGGUUCGGAAACGCAGCUGACGAUUUCUGCGCGCGAAUAUGACAGCCAAGAUGGUCCAUGGGACGUGAAAGUAAAUUUCCAGCCAGGUCAAGACACUACAGAGAAAAAGCCACCUAAACCAUGGGUGAAGACAGUCAGUUCCCCUGCUGGAAGACACCAGCUUACGUUAACUGCGAAUGCACCUGGAGAAUACUCAAUCUUGGAUGUAAAGGGACAAUAUUGUCCUGGGGAUGUUCUCAGUCCAGAAACAUGUCGAGUAGUGCUUCAGCCUCAUCCAACUGCGAAAAUUGACUGGAAACGAAUCCAUGAAUGCUCUGGAGAUACGGGCGUUUCAGCAUACCUUGUCCUUCAUGGCAAACCGCCAUUCCAAGUAUUCUACCAACAGAAGCGGAAUAACGAACAGGCCAAGGAAAUGUCGCGUACUUUCCAGGGAUCAAGAGGCGAAAUAACCCUCCAGCCAGAAAGUAGUGGCAAUUACACUUAUACCUUCACUUCGUUAAGUGAUGCCAACUACAAACGGGUGAAGCUCGAAGGACCUAGUAUCACACAGGUCGUGCACCCGCUUGCAUCGGCUAGUUUCAGAAGCGUAGGUGGCAGCAGGAAGUCUAUUAACAGCUGUUCUGGAAAUACUGUUGACGUCGACGUUGACCUUCGUGGAGACGGUCCAUGGAAUCUGGAAGUUCAAGCAGUUGGCCCUAAGGGAUCAGAAACAAUACGCUUAAAGGACCUUAAGAACAGUCGAGAGAAGAUCACGGUCCCCAUUCCAUCCGAUAUUGAUCGAUAUGGCGGCACGUUCCAGAUUGAUCUUGUUAAUGUCGAGGAUUCCUACGGGUGCAGAAAAGACCUCGCUGUUCCAGGAUUGUCUGUCAAUGUCCGCCGAGUGAAGCCAAAUGCUCGAUUCUAUUCGAAGGACCAAAUCCGAGAAACAACUGUUCUGGAGGGCCAAGAAGCUCGUUUACCGAUGCGAUUGACGGGCGAGGGCCCAUGGAAAGUGAAAUAUCAACUAUCCGAAUUAAACAACGCAACGCGAACCGCUAUCUUGAAAACCCCUAAUGAUUACCUAGUAGUCAAAGAGAAGGGGUCAUAUCGAUUGACCGAUGUGUCAGAUUCUCAAUGCCCAGGCUCGAUCGUGGAAAGCGAAGCGGACUUCAAGGUCGCUUGGAUACCUCGCCCAUUCGUGAAGCUCUCCCCAGAGACCGAAGUGGUAUACCACAGCUUUAACGGCUCUCAUGUUCGUGCACCGAUCUGUGAAGGACAGGAAGACCACGUCGAUUUGGACGUGACAGGACGACCUCCCUUCCAAAUCGGGUACAACGUUGCAACUCGAAACGAGGCAGGAGGGACUCGUAUCCUCGAACAGCCCAUCCUCAGCAGUAUAAACUCCCGCGCCCGCCUUCAGCUCUACACCUCUCAAGCAGGUCGUAUGUACUACGAAGUCAAACAAAUCGGUGAUGCCAAUUACCCACUCGACCAAAAUCGUGGUCACGUCAUCCCACGUCAAGAACGUCUCUUAUUCGAACAGGAAGUAAUCGGCAGACCUUCGGCACAGUUCAAGAAACAAGCGAGGUUAUCACAUUGUCUUGGAGAUGCGUUUGUCCCGUUAGACUCGUACUCUUCAGACGACAUGAUCGUCUUAGACGGAAAGCCACCCUUCCACCUCGAGCUAUCAGUAAAGAACCUCGCUGCGAGUGAAGAACACCGUCAAACAGUCGAGAUUUGGACACCACAAUGGAAAGUCAACUUACCGAAUUAUCUCUUCAGUACUAUCGGUCCGCACUUGGUUACGAUCGAGUCUGUGAGAGAUGCGUCGUCGUGUAUGCAGGCUGUUCCUGAUCCAUUGAGGACGUCGAUUUGGGUUGACGUGGCUGAAAGUGCGGCGAUCGUACCGUUUGACCGACGAGAACACUUUUGUGUUGGUGAUGUUACUCAAUUCCAGCUUGAAGGUAUUCCACCAUGGACUAUCGGGUUCAAAGCCAACAACAAACACCACGAACAAGUAGUCAAAGAAUCUCCCUUCGCACUCGUGCACCAAAACCCCGGUCCCUUCUCAAUCACUUCCGUCUCUCACCAACAACAACAAUGCAAAACAACAGUGGACAAUAUCCACUUCGACGUCCACCCUCUACCCGCGGCUCAAGUUGCAGCUGGUCGCGAAUACUUUGAAGAUAUCCACGAAGGGACACAAGCACAGAUUACGUUCUCGCUUGUCGGAGAACCGCCCUUCACGUUCACUUAUCAGCGUGCAGAACGGCCGACUCGGAAGGGUGCGAAGCCUGGUAAAGUGCUUGAGAUGCAUACGGUGUCAGGUGUGAUGAGCCAUGAAUAUUCGAUUUACUCUGCUUUGGAAGGAACCUGGACAGUCACUUUCAUCUCUGACAAAUAUUGUCGGUAUCCACCAACGCAACCAGAUGGACUGGGAGAUAGAACAAAGAGCUGA